AUGUCUUCUCAAUCUACAGCAGCUCCCCAGUGGUGGGAGAAAUAUCCAAAUCCAAAAUCAGAACCCACGUAUAUUUCUAAAGAGAAAGUAGCUGAAGAUGUCAGAUCUAAAGAAAACGUACUAGUUAUUGAUGUACGACGAGAUGAUUUCAAGGGCGGUAAAAUAAAAACCGCAUUGAAUCUUCCUGCACAAAGUUUCUACAACUCGGUUGACAGUGUGUAUGAUCUGGCAGAAAAAUCUGGAAAAGAGGCCAUAUACGUGCAUUGUAAUAGAUCCUCAGUCGGUAGCCGGGGUUGGAGAGUGGCCGGCUGGCUGCAAGAUACGGCAACAUCUAGAGGUGAGAAGGUAAAAAUUUACGCAAUUACCGAUGGAAUUGUGGGGUUUGCUACUGGAGGAAAGGAAUAUACUGAACUUCUAGAUGAAUACGAUCCUGAAGUCUGGGAGAAAAAAUAA